AUGGAAGAUAUUCAAUGUAUGGAUCCUGAUUAUGAAUAUGAGAUUCUUGAUAAUUAUGGUGAUAUCGAUAUAUCAGAUAUUCCAACUAGUCCGACGAAUACAAUUACUGAAAGCGAUGGUGAAAAUUUUGGCGAUUUUUGUAUUGAUGAUCUUACUUUUGAUGAAAAAUCUUUUCAACUUGCACAAAGUUAUACAAUUUCAAAUAAAGAUAAUAAAAUAAUCGAAGAAGAAUAUAAUAUUGACUGGUUGGCAUCUGAGUUAGAUACAGCUACAGAAACUAAUUCUAUAUGGAGUGAAUCAAUUAGUGAUGAUAUAGAUGAACAUUCAGCAUUAGAUUAUGAAAUCCGUGAUAAGGAAAGAAUUAAAGAUUUUAAUAACAAAUGUGUUAUUAUUGAUUCUAUAAAUGGCGAAAUUAAGAAAUGUGAUAAUCCAGUUUUUCGAUCAAUUGAACAACUUGUUGGUCUUUGA